AUGUCAUUUUUGAAAAAAAAAUACUAUAAUAGUGAUAAAGAAAUAGAGGAAUAAGAUGGAUUUUAUAUAGGAUCUGGGAUAACAUAAUGUAUCAAACUUUAAGAAUUAGAUCUAAAUUUUAAGGGAAAUAAAAUUGGAGACUAAGGCUAAAAUUUAUUAUUUAUGAGUUUGUCGAACUGUAAAAAUCUAUUAUCUUUAAAAAUUAACCUAAAAAAAAAUAAACUAGGAGAAAGGUGUUUUUCUAAUUUAAAUUCUACUUUAUUGGAAUUAAAAAACCUUUUAAAUUUGACUCUAAAUUUUAAAUAAAACUAAAUUAAUAAUUCUGGUGCUUAAAGUUUAGGCUCUGCAAUAGCCAACUGUGAAUAGCUUUAAAAUUUAGUACUUAAGCUUAGUAAGAAUGAAAUUGGAAAAAGUGGUAGAGUAGGACUAUGUUAAGGUAUAGCAAUGUGUGUCAGCUUAUAAAGUUUACAAUUAUUUUUGGGAUAACAUAUAGUAGAACCUUUCAAUUCAUAUUCAUAAUUAUCUGCUCUAGCAACAUGCAAAAAACUAUAAAAAUUAUUGUUUGACUUUUAAAAAAAUUAGAUUAAUGAUUAAGAUGUACAAACUCUAGGAUCUGCUUUGCUAAAUUUUUAUCACAUCUCUUCUUUAAAAUUAUGUUUGAAGGAUAAUUGUAUUGGGAUGCAAGGAGCUAGGAGCUUAGCCAUGGCUUUGACUAAGUUUAAUAAUUUAUCAACUUUAGAUUUAAAUUUAAGAAAAAAUAAUAUUGGUGAAGAGGGUAUAUAAUAUUUGGGUAAAUCUAUAUCAAACUGUUCCAAUCUUUCAAUUUUAGGACUUGAACUCUAUGAUAACAAUAUUGGAUAGAAAGGAGUAACAAAUUUAAGUACUAAUUUAUAAAAUUGUAAGAAUCUCAAAGAAGUGAGUCUCUGGUUAGGGUGCAAUUACAUAGAAGAUUAAGGAGCUUAUGAUUUAGGACAAGCUUUAUCGAAAUGCAAUAAAUUAUAAAGUUUAAUUUUAUGGCUUGGAUACAACAAUAUCAGUACUUUAGGGGUAUAGGGUAUAUAUCCGAUUUUAUUAGAUUGCACUAAGCUUUCAGUUUUAGAAUUAGACUUUUAAGAGAAUAACAUUUUUGGAACAGAUGUCUUAAAUUUAAUUUCUGCUAUUAAAAAGUCUACCAAUAUAUUUAUUUUAAGCAUAGAUUUAUACUUUAAUCAAAUUGACAAAAAAUAAUAAUCAAAGAUAAAACAGAGGAUCAAUAAAUUUAAGAGAUUAGUCAAGAAGCAUAUUUGCUUUUGA